GUUUAGCACUUUGCUCCCUGCGCUUUGUAGUAUUCUCCACGCCCCAAUUGACUCCUGACCUCGCCCCCGCCUCACGCGCGUCGCCGCCGUCGCCGUCCCUGCUCUCGCUCGCCGGCGCGUAGGGUUCCUGCUGCCUCCCACCCCGCCCCAGCCUCCGGCCAUUGAGUUUCGAGGUGCGCAGGUGUAGCGCCGUCUAGAUCCGCGCCUGGAUGAUGGAGUGCGUGGUGCAGGGUAUCAUCGAGACCCAGCAUGUUGAAGCUCUGGAGGUUCUUCUCCAGGGCCUAUCUGGUGUCCCAAAAGAACGUGUUAGGGUGCAUGAGCUUUGUCUUAAAAGUGGACCAAAUCUAGGAGUUGUCCCAUCAGAGGUCCGUUUGCUGUGUGACUUAGCUCAGCCCACACCAUCCUGGACCAUAAGACAUGUCGGUGGUUCUAUGAGAGGUGCUGGUGCAGAGCAGAUCUCGAUUCUGGUGCGGACAAUCGUGGAAAGCAAAGCCAGCAACAACGUGUUGCGCUACUUCUACACUAUAGGCUACAAGUUAGAUCACGAACUUCUGAAGGUGGGCUUUGCGUUCCGGUUCCAGCGCGGUGCCCAGUUCACCGUGACCGUGACUUCCACCAACAAGAUGCCGAAACUCCACGCGACGGACGAGGCUGUGCAGGUCACUCCUGGAAUACAGCUGGUGGAGAUCACAGCUCCCUGCACUGCCAACAAUUACAAUGAUGUCGUUUCCGCUGUCACCUCCUUCUGUGAAUACCUAGCGCCGCUGCUGCAUCUCUCUAAACCAGGCAACUCAACUGGAAUCGUCCCGACUGCCGGUGCUGCUGCUGCCUCGCUCAUGUCAAGUGGUGGUGCUAAGACAUUGUAAAUCUCUUGUCACACGUAUCUUUCUGUGUGACAUUGCAGUUAGAUGCUGGUUUGUAAUUCUAACUAGUUGAAGUGGUAUGAAUAACAUUGUGAUACCAUUUUCACUGUGAUGUAACUCGAAGUUAAACCAGUAUUGUUGGCAUUCAGUUUUGCCCUGUUUAACCUUGGCACCACAAGUAAGGUGCAUUGUGGUACCAGUCAGAUGUUGCAUAAACACUUGAAAAACUCUCAACCUUGUUGUAUCCAUUCAAGGGAAGAACUUUUGUUUUUGUGAAUGAAGCUGUAGUUUGUUAUUA